AUGGCACACUCAUACAACUUCGCCAUAUUUAUGAUACUAUCAAUCUCCUUCACAUUAACAAGUGUGAAAGGUGAUUUGAUAGAUGAGAUUUGCUCGAAAACAGAUGUGAAGAAGGUAUGUUAUUAUGCUUUAAGGGAGGAUCCUCGAUCCAAAGGUGCAAAACCUGAAGGUCUUAUGGCAAUCGUAAUAGAUUUAUCACAAAAGAAUGCAACAUUUGCAUGUAAUCUCGUUAGCACAUUGCUUAAAGGGACAACAGAUCCAAAAUUAAAAUCGCGAUAUACUUUGUGUUUGGGGAAUUAUAAUAAGGCAAGUGAUAUUGUUGCAAAAAUGCCAGACUUAUUGAAGUCUAAAGACUAUUACGGUUUGAGUGCUAAUGCUUCUGCUGCUAUACGUGAACCUUCUACGUGUGAUAACAACUUUAUAGAACCACCAGUUGAAGUGCCAAAACUCAGAGAAGCUAGUGAUAAUCUUCGAGGACUUAUCGAUGUUAUUUUGGUUCUUGUUGGAUUUUUGUAA